AUGAGCUCGACUGAAGAUUCAGAAGAAAAUGUUCUUAUGCUCCAGCCACCUUUAGAAAACAGCGAAUCUGUCUCGGAAGUUAAUGAAUAUCACUCAGAAAGAAAACGAUCCGUUUAUGGACCGAAAGGGUUGGGAAAACUCAUCCGCUUGAAUUUGUCAGGAAUGGAGUACAAGACAUGGAGUUCAACGCUAGAGCACUAUCCCGAUACGUUGUUGGGAAAUGCCAAAACACGGAAGUAUUUCUUUCAUGACGAGACUAACGAAUACUACUUUGAGCGGAACCGAGAGUCCUUCCCAGCCAUCUUGUAUUUCUACCAGUCGCAAGGAAUCGAGUUAGAUGUCUACUAG